CAGGAAGGGGAGGGCCCGGGCUGACAAAGCCGGCAAUGGCGCUGCGGGGCUGGGCGAUGACGGCGCUCGCCACGCUCGCCCAGCAGCGCGGCCGCCCCUUCGCUGUGCUGCGGCACCAAAACCUCGUGCUGCUGGGCAGCAUCCUCAGCGCCCUCCUGCUCACCAUCAUCCUCCUGGCCAUCUGCGUCUACAAACCUGUCCGGCGGCGGUAGCGGUGUGGGACGCGGUGGGGAGAAGCGCUGCUGAGCUCACCUGGUACCCAGCAAUCCAGUGUGGCACCCAGCCUGGUACCCAGACAUCCCACCAGGCACUCAGAGUGGCACCCAUCUGCCCCAUCUGGUGCCCAGUGUGAAACCCAGCCAUCCCGCCUGGCACCCCACAUGACAACCAGCCAUCCUGCCUGGCACCUAGCGUGCCACCCAUCCAUCUUUUGUGGUACCCAUCAGUCCCGGCUGGCACCCCAUGUGACACCCAUCCAUCCUUUGUGGUACCCAUCAGUCCCAGCUAACACCCUAUGUGACACCCAGCCAUCCUGCUUGGCACCCACGUGAUACCCAGCCAUCUCACCUGGCACUGAGCGUGGCAUCCAUCUGUCCUUUGUGGUACCCAGCCAUUCCACCUGGUACCAAGCGUGACACCCUGCCAUCUCACCUGGCACCCAGCGUGGCAUCCUUCCAUCCUCUGUGGUACCCAUCAAUGCCACCUGGCACCCAGCAUCGCAUCUUUCCCUCCUUUGUGGCACCCAUCAGUGCUGCCUGGCACCCCGUCUGACACCCAGCUGUCCCACCUGGCACCCAGCGUGGCACCCACCCAUCCUGUGUGGUGCCUAUCCAUCCUUCCUGGUGCCCAACCUGGUACCCAUCCAUCCCGCCUAGCACCCAGCAGGGUACCCACCCUGACAUCCAGCCGUCCCACCACCUCUCCCACCUGCAACAGGCCAUGCUGU